AUGGCACCGAACAAACUGCACGUAGGCAUCUGCGGAGGCGGGAUGGGUGGGCUAGCGGCCGCAAUUGCGAUUGCCAGGGCCGGGGCGAAGGUCACCCUGCUCGAGGCGGCCAAGGAAUUGGGCGAGAUCGGCGCUGGGAUCCAGAUGUUUGCGAACGUGUCGCGGCUCUUGGUCCGUUGGGGCGUCGACGAGCUCAUCGGAGACGACCUCAUUGCCGUCGACGAGAUCAAUACAUGGGGUUCCGACAGUGAGCUGUUGGCGCGGUUCGAUCCCAAAAUGGGGGCUAAGCAGACGGGAUUUCCACAUUGGGUCGUGCGCAGAGAUCACCUCCACGCCGGGCUCACGGAAUGCGCCCGCCGCCACGGGGUCGAGCUGAUCGUAGGGUCGCGCGUGCAGAGUCUCGAGCACUCGAAGGACUCUGUCAAGGUCACCACGGUCCAGGGGGUCCAGCACACCUUUGACCUGCUCAUCGGCUCCGACGGCAUCAAGUCGACGAUUCGUCGAGUUCUAUUCCCCGAUGCAGCCGUACCCCAAGCGGCCUCGACGGUGGCGGCGUUUCGGGGCAUUCUGUCCUACGAACAAGUCUUUGAGCAGGUUCCGGAAGCACGACAGCUGCUGAGGAACACGAUGGAUGCCUGGAUCGGACCCAACGGAUAUAUCCUGCUCUACCCUCUGUCGGCGGGCAGCGAAUUGAAUGUGGUGACACUCUUCGAGAUGGACCAUGUCGUCAAAACCCCGGAAGACAUGGAUUUGGCCGAGUUCCGGCACCUGUACAAGGACUGGAAUCCUAUCGCGCGCAAAAUCUUGGAGCUGGUCAACUAUACCCAGAAGUGGCCGUUGCUCGUGCUGCCCCCAAUGAAGACUUGGUCGAAUGAGCACAAGAAUGUGGUACUUCUCGGGGAUGCUGCUCACUGCAUGCAGAACCACAUGGCACAAGGAGCGGCUACAGCCAUGGAAGACGGAGCCUUCCUCGGCGGCGUCAUUGGGGAGGUGGUACGUGACACCAUCACCCUCCCCGAGGCAAUCGAGCUGUACGAGAAGCGGCGGAUGCCUCGCGUCUGGACCAAACAACAAGCAUCAUUCGUAAGCGGAACCAUAAAUAUGGCCACUGGGGAGAAAGCAGUACGAAGAAAUCAAGCAUCUGCCCCAGAAGUCAAAGCAUGGGAUCGAAACAUCAUCCGCCCCAUCCAAAUGCUGCCGACCACUUACCGUUCAUGGCAGAUGUUCUGCAAUCCGUCCAGUGUCCCUGGCAUCCUCUACUAUGACCCGGAAGGAGAUGCUGACAAUGCCGUCUGUGAGUACCUGCAGAGCCAGAGUGCAAUGGAUGAAACCACUCUCGUCACAAACGGACUGUGGGACAAGUGGUGGGAUGUCGUCAAUAACAAUGGCAUAGAGGUCCGUACAGAUGGACUGAUCGGUGCGUCCAAAUGAGAAGCGAGGCCGGAACAUGCCCGUGACGGGCAUCGAGUGACGCUGUGAAUGCUGCAAUAUGGAUGUAGUCCUCAUGUAGACAUUGAGGAGGGCAGGAAAU